GCUGCACUUCCGGGCGUGCUGGCUCCGGCGCCUCCUCCGGAGGGCUGCUGCGCUAUCGCCAUGGGGACCGAUUGUGGCGGCGCGAGGUGAUUGUCCGCGGGGCGCUAGCCCUGCAUUGUUUGCUCUGGUUUCUCCGUCUUACUCAACGCGGGUCUGUAUUCGAUUCCAGAGAAGGGAGCGCUUGACUUCUAUGACAGAGCUCGCACCCUCCGGUUGAAGUGAGCUUGCGUUACCUGCUGAUUUGAGGAAGCUUGCCUCCUUCGUAACAUGAGUAUGAACUGGUCCUGCUGCCUGGAAUGCAGACUCUGAGGUUCCAGAAUCCUAGGGAAGAAAGAUGCUCCAAACUAGCAAUUAUAGCCUGGUGCUCUCUUUGCAGUUCUUACUGUUGUCCUAUGAUCUCUUUGUCAACUCCUUCUCAGAAUUGCUUCGCAUGGCUCCUGUCAUCCAGCUUGUGCUGUUCAUCAUUCAAGAUAUUACCAUCCUCUUCAAUGUCAUCAUCAUCUUCCUCAUGUUCUUCAACACCUUUGUCUUCCAAGCUGGCCUGGUUAAUCUUCUGUUUCACAAAUUUAAAGGGACUAUUGUCCUGUCAGCAGCAUAUCUUGCUCUGAGUAUAUCUUUUCACGUAUGGGUCAUGAACCACCGCUGGAAAAAUUCAAACCACUUUGUAUGGACUAAUGGGCUGCAGACUCUGUUUGUUUUCCAGAGACUGGUGGCUGUGCUAUAUUACUAUUUCUACAAGAGGACAGCUGUUCAUCUGGGGGACCCGCGUUUCUAUCAAGACUCUCUUUGGUUACGGAAAGAGUUUGCUCAUGUCCGCAGUUGAGAGCUACUUCUGAAUUAUAUCGAGCUGCUGGAAUGUUAGAGACCUUAAUCAGUAUCGUGGAGCAAGUUUUCUUCUCAUAAUUUUCUGAUAUUAAUCUUACAUGAUGAGAUGAUUUAAUCCAUUAUACUAUUCUUCUGUGGAGUCUCUGUCACACAUAACUAUCAGCUUCCAUGCAUCCUCUCAGAUCUGCAUACUGCACUUUCAGGAGUUGGUUGCAACUUCAUUGAGGAAUACCUGAAGUGCCAAAUUGGUUUGGCUGAGAACUCUGAGUAGCAGUGCUGCAGUUUCUUUUUGCAAAUAUUCCCUCAAUCUGUUUGCUCCCUCUGACAAAAGGGUUUCCUGCCUUUAUUAUAGGCAAUGUGAUUAGUUCCAAACCUUUACAGUAGGCAAAUGUAUUCUCAUUGACUUUCAGAUUUUUCUUUUGUACUUAUUUUUUUAUAAGUUAUGAGAAAAUAAAUCUGCCAUUUUGCAAUAACAACAGCGUAACUGUUUUUGUCUAGGACCUAAUAGUAACAGAGGGUUCACGUCAAUUUAAGUUUUGAUGUAAUAUUCCAUGUGCACAUAUUCAUUUUGUUGACCUCAAGUUGAACCACCCAAAUUGUAACAUUGCGUUAUAAUCAGAAUCAGGGAAAGAAGCGUAUUAUUUAACUUGGUUAACUUAUAAUGCCAAGCCAUGAUUUAUUUAGCCUUGGUUGUUUGCAUAAUAUACUGAGGCAAAAAUAAAACGUAUUUUGUCUGAA